AUGCCUUUGAACAAAUUUAUUGGUAAGGGUCACCAACAUGGCGGGUCGGGUCCAUCUAGAGAUGUUUCUGACUCCAAUAGCACUGUUAGUGGUGGAGAGCCUGCAGAUUCUGAUGAUAUUGAAGAAACCGAUGAAAGUGGCCAAAGUAUAUUACUCAACAUUAUUUCGCAAUUGAAGCCAGGCUCAGAUUUAUCAAGAAUUACUUUACCUACAUUUAUUCUGGAGAAGAGAUCCAUGUUGGAAAGAAUUACCAAUCAAUUGCAACAUCCUGAAAUUGUAUUAGAUGCUAAAGCUGAUCCUGAUGAAUUAUCAAGGUUUGUUAAGAUUUGUAAAUGGUACUUGUCAGGAUGGCACAUUGCGCCUAAGGCUGUUAAAAAACCAUUGAAUCCUGUUUUGGGAGAACAUUUUACCUGUUAUUGGAAUUUACCUAAUAAACAACAAGCGUUUUACAUUGCUGAACAAGUUAGGCACCAUCCACCUGAAUCUGCUUACUUCUAUAUGAUUCCUGAAUCUGGUAUUAGGGUUGAUGGUACCUGUAUACCAAAAUCCAGAUUCUUGGGAAAUUCAACAGCUGCAAUCAUGGAAGGUUCAUCGGUCCUACAAUUUUUAGAUCUUUUGGAUAAAAAUGGUAAACCGGAGAAAUAUGUUUUGACACAACCAAACAUGUAUGCUAGAGGUAUCCUAUUUGGUAAAAUGAAAUUAGAAAUGGGUGAUCACAUGGUUAUCAAGUCACCAACGUUUGUAGUUGACGUUGAAUUUAAAACAAAGGGAUUCAUUUCUGGUACUUAUGAUGCUAUUCAUGGUGUUAUCAAGGAUCAUCGUGGAAACGAAUACUACGAAAUUUCAGGUAAAUGGAAUGAUAUCAUCUACAUUAAAGAUUUGAGAGAAAAAAAUGCUUCAAAACGAGUUUUAUUCGAUACACAUAAAGAAUUACCUUCUAAACCACUAGUUCGUUCUUUGAGUGAACAAGGUGAAUACGAAUCAAGAAGACUUUGGAAAAAAGUUACAGAUGCUUUAGCACGUCGUGAUCAUGAUACUGCAACCAGGGAAAAGCUAGGGAUUGAAGAUUAUCAAAGAGAAUUAGCCAAGAAAAGAGCCGAAGAUGGUGUUGAAUUUCAUCCAAAACUUUUCAAACCCGCAAAACAGGAUCGAGAUUUGAAUUAUUACAUUUACAAGGAUAUUCCAGCAGAUGCAAGUCAUGAAGAUCAAAUUAGAAUGAUCUUGGAACUUGCACCUAUACUUCCGGGACAAAAGUUCACUGACAAAUUCACCAUUCCUGCUUAUAAAAAGUCUGAGAUAGCGGAAGGCCGUUCUACAUCUGGCACUCCACGUUCAAAAUAA